CGCGGCCCCCACCAGCCAGCCAGCAGCGCGUGCGCCGGCGCAGGGCCGUCAGUUUUACUGCACCUCGCGCCUUCAUCGUGCGCCUCUAUGUCGUGCACAAAUGCACACGAAACGAAACCUCUCUGUGAUAUAGUGUUAAGUUUACUUUAAAAACUUAGAAAAUUUAAGUGUGUUCAUCAAGUAUUUUUAAAAUAGUGCUAUGUUGUAAACAGUUUAACCUACUUCUGUGUGAAUAUACAAAGACCUCUCCAACACAAUAACACUGUGGCGAUAAAUUUUAAUACUUUCUACUACAAUGUCACAAACAAUUACGGUGUACUGCUUCUUCUUCAUCUUGACCACAUCGGGCUUCGUAACAUGUUUAUCAGUGGUGGGUCCACGCGUGCUGAGGCCGCACAUGUCGUACAAAGUGUCGAUAGCGGGCAGCUCUCGUGCGCAUAACCUGUACGUGGCGGUGGAGCGGGAAGGCGGCCCCUUCAGCCAGGGCCGAGAGGUGCAAGUACCAGCAGCUACGUCCAGGCUUGUAGAACUUGAUAUCGGCGACCCAGGCCCGGGUCGGUACCGUCUUGUGGCGCGGUCUACCUCAGGUCCUCAGUUCGCUUCCUCCGCACCUCUGCUCUACCAGCCGCGCAGUUUCUGCGUCUUCGUGCAGACAGACAAGCGCGUCUACCAACCAGAGGACACCAUUAACUUUAGAGUUAUCGCAUUAGAUAAGUAUUUGUUGCCGCUGAACACAUCUGUGGACGUAAGCAUCCUAGAUGCGGGCGGCGCGGCGAUCCGCGAGUGGGCAGCCGCGCCGCUCGACCGAGGACUGUUCGCCGACGCCCUCCCGCUCGCCGACCAGCCCGCGCUGGGCGAGUGGACUAUCCAGGUGGAGGUGCGUGGUCAGAAGUAUUCGCAGCGCAUCCUGGUGGCAGACUACGUACUGCCGAAGUUCCAGAUGGAAAUGAAAAUGCCCAAGGAGAUACUCUUCAGUUAUGGAAGUUUCAACAUCAAUGUUACUGCUAAGCAUUUCAAUGGGUUGCCAGUACAAGGAGAGCUGACCAUAUCCGCUUACGCAGUUUUCUUCUCCGGAGUACUCCAGCCGGUGUUUUCAACGCCCGCAAGGAAAGUGGUAGACUUCAACGGACAAGCCGACGUCACUUACGACCUCAAAACUGACCUCGACCUCGCAGAAGACGCUGCCAGGCCUUUGGUGGUGGAGGCUGUACUCGAAGAAAAAGAUACUUUAAUACGACAAAACAUUUCAUCGAGAAUACUUCUUUUGCGAACGCCAUAUCGUCUGAAAGUAACCGCGCCAGAUUACUUUAAACCGCAACUGCCGUACAUCGUUCAGAUGGAGGUGGUGAACUCGAGUGGGCUGGUGAUCGACACGGACGGCGAGGUGAUGGUGGAGCAGCUGUGGGACGACGGCGCGCGCGCCAACCGCACCACCCUGCCCUGCCGCAGGGGACUGGCCACAUACGAGACGGUGCCCGAUGCGGCACACAACAACUCCACCAUGAAUUUAGUGAUAAAAUACAAGGAGGUGACGGAGCGCGUGGUGAACGUGGUGAGCGAGUCCGCGGGCGGCGCCGCGCUGAGCGUGCAGCUGCUGAGCGCGGCGGGCGGCGAGCUGCGCGCGCGCAUCGCCGCCACCGAGCCCCUGCAGCUGCUGCACUACGCGCUCGUCGCCCGCGGGGACAUCGCGCUGGCUGAGACACUCGAGCUGAGCGCGGGGCGGCGCAGCGUGGAGGUGGUGGUGCCGCCAGCCGAGCAGCGCGCCCGCCUGCCCACCGACACUCGCAAUAUUCCUCACAGCGCUGCUCCUGAUGCGGUAGACAUUAUCGACGACUUAUCUUCGUUAGCAGAUUGA